GAACAAUAUAUCUAAAGAUGUGUGUAAAUAAACUUUUGCUAUAUUUUUCAAUAUUAUUAGGUGUUACCUAUAUAACCCUCGGUCAAAAAUGUAGUGUUACCAUUGAAGGCUACCAUUUUGAUUUAUCAAAAUUAAUAAGAACCGAUCAAGAUUAUAAAGUUAAUGGUGAUAACGGUGAUGUUUAUUAUUUCAAUAUUUGCAAUAAUACAGUUGGGGAUAAUCCAUGUGGUAAUGAUAUGGUUGCAUAUAAAUAUGACGCUAAAACAAAGAGCUGCUAUGGCUUAGGUUCAAAUAGAGAGUAUUACUCUAUACAUAAUGCUGGUAAAACUGGUCCAAGUGUAAUUGUAUCCUAUAGAGGUGGUGACAAAAUUCCAAAUAACCCUAGAUCAAGAUACGAAUUAUCAUAUGUCUUCCAUUGCGAUCCCAGUGCCGGUGAUGGGCAACCAGAGGUUCAAAGUCCAAAUGAAUAUGGUUUAGUAGCUGUUCAUUGGAGAUCAAAGUAUGGUUGCUUGGCAGCUUAUUCUCAACUUAUCAUCAAUAGAGACCAAAAUGAUUUUGCCUAUAUAAAUGACUAUGUAAACAAUAAAAACAUUAAUAUUCAAAAUGAUGAAGGUGAAAUCAAGGAAAAGGGAAAUAAAGAUGCAAAUAACAAUGAAAACAAAUAUAACGAACAAAAUAAGCUAAAUGAUUAUCAACAACAUGAAAAUAACCAAAAUGAUGACCAACAAAAUGAUGAUCAACAUGAUAACAACCAAAACGAUGACCAACAAAAUGAAGACCAACAACAAAAUGAUGAUCAACAACAAAAUGAUGAACGACACAAUAGUUAUCAAAAUGAAGGCCAACAAAAUGAAGAUCAACAAAUAAUAUUAGAUGAAGGAAAUCACCAACUACAAGAACCAAAAAAAGGAUAUAAUGAAAAGGACAAUCCCUACUCACCAGCAUUCUUUGAUAGGGUCGUAGCUGAUAACAAGGUAUUGGAUAAAAUCAAUAUAAAGGAUAAUAAAUUCAAGAGACCUGGAAUGAUAGCCAAAAACGAUGAAGAAGAUAAGGAAGAUUACUUGCAAUAUUUACAAAAGACAUAUAAAACACAAAAUCAAUUUACUCCACCAAGACAAAAUGAAAAAAAUCAACAAGUUUACCACAAAAAUGAUGAAAAAAAUUACCCAUAGACAAAAAAGAUACAAAUAAAUUAUUUUUAUAAUUUAUUUUUUUAUAAUUUUAAAUAAAAAAAAAUAUAAUAAUUUG